AAGUUUCCCAGUCUCGACACUUCGUGCGCUUUCCGGGAGUUUCCGCUCCUGAACUAUACAUGAGACUAUGAGAGAGUUGAUGAUGGUUGUGAGAAGGAGAAGACAUGUCCUAACCUAUAGAAAAGAGUACGUUGAUAAGCGCUGGGACCCAUGGAGGAGGAGGAGGAUGAGGAGGUCCAGAACGUUCACUUUGAUCACUGACGUUCCAGACUCCUCUACGUUCUUCCUUCCUUCCGCUUUUUGGUUAUAAAGAUCAUCUGAGCCUGCAAUUCGAAGCAAAGGAUCUAAGUACUUUACUUCUUCUGCUUAUUUAUUCACUUUUGUGCUUUCCUAUUUGCUUCCAAAUUUCGAGCAAAUCAAACUGUUUGACAAAUUGAGUGACAUGGCUGCGUGUGUUUCAUCCUCCAACCCUAUCUGUGCUUCACCUGCCUUUCUCCACCGUAGCACCACUAAGGGGUUAUCCAGUCAGGGCGGUGUGACGAAGCCCUGUUUGGCUUUUUUCCCAUCAUCAAGCGUGAAGACGAGGAGGGUGAGAGCACAGGCCACCGGAGAGAACAAAGACAACUCGGUGGACGUGCAUCAUGUGGACCGGAAGAAAGGGACUGCGGUGGAGAGGAGGCCUCGACGGCCAACCACGGCGAUCUCUCAGUUUGGAUUGUUGGACCCAUUGUCACCGAUGAGAACAGUGAGGCAGAUGCUGGAGACGAUGGACCGGCUAUUUGAGGACACCAUGAUGACAUUCCCCGGGAGUAGUCGGACGACGGAGGGUGAGAUGCAGGUGCGGGCGCCUUGGGACAUCAAGGACGAGGAGGAGGAGGUGAAGAUUAGGAUCGACAUGCCUGGGCUAUCUAAGGAGGAGGUGAAGGUGUUGGUGGAGGACGAUGUCUUGAUCAUCAAGGGUGAGCACAAGAAGGAAGAAGGUUCGGGCGGUGAUGAAGAUGAGGAUUCUUGGACGAGUAGGAGUGUCAGCUCUUAUCACACUCGCUUCCGCCUUCCUGACAACUGUGAGAAAGACAAGGUCAAGGCCGAGUUGAAGAACGGUGUCCUCUUCAUCUCCAUCCCCAAGACCAAAGUCGACCGUAAGGUCAUCGAUGUCGAGAUCCAAUGAGCUUCUUGCCACUCGAUUGGCUUACUGUCCCCUACUGUAGAUGUAUUCGAGUCUCCACCCUCCACCCCUUUUUUUCUCUCUUCUUUGACAAGCAUUAUGUAGAAAAUUUCAGCAGAGUUGGAUGUUUGGGCGUGGUAAAAUUAAAAUGAUAUGAUAAUGUAUAAAGAACAAUCAUAUUAGGCUGUGUUUGUUAGCUUAGAGAAA